UUAAUGUCAAAUCCACCGGCCAAGAUUGAGGAUGACAUGGGAAAACAAUGGCACUACAAACACUAUGGAAAAACAGAAAAGGUGGAAAGAGAGAGAGCAACUUUUUUUCCUUUUUCUUAUUCAAUUUUUUCUCCCUUUCGGUACCGCCCUACCUCAUACUCUUCCAUCCCUUUCUGUAGAAUUCAAAUGUGAAUACACACAACAGAAUUACUAGCUGUCUCUGUGGCGAAAAAGUAAAACAAGAAAGUGCAAAGCAGAUGAUUCUAAAGUGCAAAGUUGAUUUAUUCUUUCUUGCUUUCUUGGUUUUCUGUGGUGGGUUUGUGCUCAAAUUUUCCAAUAUCUUUUCCAUCUCUAUUUUCUUGGAAACUGAUUUGGGUUUGAUCUAGUUGAAUUGGGUAAUCCCUAUAUCCGAUUGAUAUGGGCCGGAUUGUGGGUGAUAAGGUUUAUAGGAUGGGAAAGAAAGAGAGAGAUAUGGGUGUUGAGAUGUUGGAGAUUGGAGCUCAAAUCAAGAAAGUUGCGAUCUUUUCAAUCAGGGCCUGUUACAGAUCAGUUUUGAAUCAUCCAUUCCUUGUGGGUAUGGUUCUUUUCCUUUUCUUCAUGCACAGAUCAUUUCCUUUCCUGUUUUCCCUAUUUGUAUCUGCUUCCCCGGUCCUUGUUUGCACUGCUGUUUUGCUUGGAACUCUCUUGAGUUUCGGGCAGCCUAACAUACCCGAAAUUGAAAAGGAAGAGACGACGAAUCAUGAGAUCAUGUCCCUCAAAACUGGGAUUCAGGUAGAUUCCACUGUUGUUGAGAGGGGUGAGAGCUUUGUAGUGGAGAGGCACACUGCGAAGAGAAGCGAUGCAGUAUUAGAUGAGUCAAUUGCAGAAGCAAGUUCUGUAGCCUCUGAAGAUGAACAAAAUGAUUGUAGUUUGGUCCAUAGUGAACCACAGAUCGGGGAGAGUUCCCGAGAAAUUCAAUUUGAGAAGCGUUUGAGUGAGGGUGAAGAGAGGGAAUUACAUGACUCGGGUUUUGAAAUAAAGACUGAAACGAAGGAAGAGAAAGUUAAAGAUUCAGUAUUUCUUGAGAGCCAGUACUCUCGGAUUGAAGAGGCGGAGGAUGAAAAUGCUGAAGUGCACGGUGGUAAAUCACCGGCAGAAUUCAUCAACACUUCUCCGAUUUCAACAUGGAAACCGGUGGGGGAGGAAGAGGAGGGAGUGGACGAUAUUGAAGAUUCUGAAAGUGGGUCAGAUGGGGCUGAGAGUUCCUCUCCUGAUGCUUCAAUGGCCGAUAUCAUUCCGAUGCUAGAUGAGCUUCACCCUCUUUUAGAUGAAGAUGUUCCUCAACCUGCUCAUAUGUCCCAUGACGGCUCUGAUGCCGGUUCAGAGCUGUCUCAGAAAUCUAGCGAUGGCACGAAUGAAUCUGAUGAUGAGGAGAGUGAACACCGAGAAGAGGAAGUUGGUGAUGAUGAUGAGAAUGAUGAUGAGGACGAAGAGGAGGAAGAAACAGUUGGUAGCAAAGAGGCAGCACUUAAGUCUGCAAUCAAAUGGACGGAGGACGACCAAAAGAAUCUCAUGGAUUUGGGGACUUCUGAGCUGGAAAGGAAUCAGAGAUUGGAGAAUCUUAUUGCCCGAAGAAGGGCACGUAGGAUUAUGGCUGAGAAGAACUUGAUCGACUUUGAAAGUUCUGAUCUCCCCUUCAAUAUUCCACCUAUUUCAACUAUACGCCACAACCCUUUUGAUCUGCCUUACGAUUCAAAUGACAAUAUCACAGGGUUACCCCCCAUUCCUGGAUCUGCUCCCUCUAUCUUAUUACCGAGGCAUAACCCUUUUGAUAUUCCUUAUGAUCCAAAUGAAGAGAAACCCGAUCUCAAGGGAGAUGGUUUUCAACAGGAGUUCAUGCCGUUUGUUCCGAAGGAGACGUUCUUCCGUAGGCAUGAGAGUUUUAACGUGGGACCUUCAUUCUUUGGUCCUCCCAAGCACGAGAAGCAAGAUAUCAAGUUCAGCCCUUUUUUUGUACCGGAUCGCUUGGGUUCAGAAGGGACUAGCUAUUCCUCCUUACAUAGGCAAUCAAGUGAGCUUAGCGACUCCAAGGUGAGUUCUGUUCCUGAAACGGAGUCUGUCUGUUCAGAUGGGGACCACGAUGAUAAGAAGCUUAUUGAAGAAGAUUUGUCUCAGGACGUAGACCUGAUCUCUGAUGCUGGGCAUCCUUCUGAGCACAUUGGGCAUGGAAGUGUAUCCUCGGAAGAUACAGAAAGUGAGGAGUUGGGACAAGCUGAGAAGAGCCACAUUGAGCAUGAUGAGGUUGAAAUUGAAAUGGGGGAUGAGGAAAUACAUUCUGAAAUGGUUUCGAGCUUUUCUGAAAGCAGAGAUGUAGCUAUUCCUGGGGAACACGACAUGGGUACAAUUCAUCUUAACAAAAGAGCAGAUGAAGUUAACUACAGUAGUAGAUCCGACUCAUCAUCAUCUUCAGAGGUACAUGAAAGGAUCUUUGAUGAGAAAGAAGAAGUGUCGUCAAGUUUGCGGCCAACAAAAGAAGAGAAUGUUAUUGAGGAGCCUUCAUUGGAAGAAUCCGACAUCAAUAAUACGAUGGAGUUGGUGGCUGACAGUCAACACAAGGAGCCUGUUUAUGAUUCAAGCCCAACAGCAGUUCAUAAGAAUCUCUCUUCCUCCUCUAUUUCCUCGGACUCACAAAUAGAAACAUCUGAAGUGGGUUUCUCCCCAGUGAUGGUUAAAAGAGUUGUAUCUUUUGAAGAUAGUGUUACUGAAGUGACUGAUCUGGGCAUAGGAAGGGAUGCUCCUAGUAAUGAACAGAUUUUUGCAGACUCGUCCAAUGUUGAUUCAGUAAAUGAGAAUGGAAUGAUAACAAGUGGAGUUGCAGAGAAGGCUGAGCAUAUUCUUUUAAGUCAUGAGUUAUCAGGUGCUGACAAACAAUUAGACAGUGGCAGAGAAUCAAGAGUGCCUGAAUUCGCUACGCAUAUCGAGGAUGCGGCCGACCAAGUUGUGAUUGACGACGCGGCUCCUGUGGCUUCUUAUUCUGAAAAUAAGUCUUCUGAAGAUUUGGAUUUAAGUGCUUUGAAGAAGGAACAGCCUUCAGUGGUGGUUUUUGAGCAAGUUUCAGGCAGCCCUGCUGCAUCUUCUUAUGAAAGUGAAGCAGUAGAAGAGCUUCCACUUGAGAAAGAAGUCACUGUUGAAAUUAAGCAAGAUCAAGUCCACACAUCAGGUCCUCAUGCAAAUUUCCAUGAAGGCAUUGACCAAGAGGGAUAUGAGGAGCUGUCGUCUCCAGAUUCAGAAUGUGAAGAAAAGCCCAUAUAUGAGUUGAAGAAACAGCUGCCCGUGUCAGACAAAGCUAUGGUAGAAUCAUCUUCUGAGAAUCGUGAAGAAUUGGUUGUGCCACAAGUGGAGUCUGUUACGGACGUCAAUGCUACCAGCAAAUUGGACACAUCAGAAUUCCAACCCAAAAAUGACGAACUUACAGCUUUGGCAGACUUGAACGACAAUGCCCUUGAUGAAGUUGAAAAUCCAGAUCACAUUCCAGUUCAAUCCUUCAACUUUCAAAUGGAAGCGAGUGGUUCUCAGGUUCAUGACCACGAUAUCAUUGAAGAGGCGGAUGAGAUUAAGGAGAUAGAUGAAGGGCUGCUAAUGGAGUUAGAUGCUGUUGGCGACUUUAGUGUGGAGGAAUUUGGAUCAAACUUGCAUAAGAUUGAAAACCGGGUUUCUGGAGAAGAGAUGAAUUCAGAGAUGCCUUCUGUUGAGGCACGAUCAAUCGAAGAAAUUGAUUCAAAUUUUGAGAAAACAGAACCUUUGGCAAUGAAAGCUGAAGUUGAGAUAAGAGAGGUUGAGAUACCACAACAGAGUCAAAUAAAGGAAGAGAUCAUUGAGUCUGGGAUGCCAGUAUUUGAAGCACGAUCAACCGAAGAUCUGGAUAAAGAUUUUAGGCAAAUGAGUGAAGAGGAAAUUAAAAUGCCUGUUGUCAUCAAGUCAGUUCAUUCGAAGAUGGUACCAGAAGAAACAAGAGCUGGGCAUUCCGAGUAUGAGAUUUCCCACGAAGAUUCAAGUCUCACAGAGACCAAGAUGGAGUUACCAGUUGUUGAGGCAACAUCAAUUGAAGAUCUUGAUUUGGCGUUUAAACAGCUUAACAGCAGUUCUGGUUCGCUUGUGGAUGUUCUCGACAGUAUAGGGUCCACCGAUCCAGUGGAAAUCGAUUCAGACUUGCACGUGGAGAGACAAAAUAAGCAGAAUUCACUCUAUGACAGGCUUGAUGGUUUGGAAUCCGACAAUGCAGCAGAAACCACUUCAGAACCGCAUCUUACUGAACCAAGAUCAGUUGAAGAUACUGACAUGACUCUGAAGUCUGAUUUUGAAGAACCAUCAGGAAAAAACGAGUCAAUAGAAGUGGGUUCUUUUGAGGAGAUUGAAACAGGCACAAAAGAGCACAGUAUAUGGCCAGAAACUAGCACAAGUGGUGUUGAACAACCGGAUCAUGGAGUGAAAAAUCUGACAAGUUAGGUUCUAGCAUUACUGAUGGCAAAGGCAAGAAGAAAAAGUCUGGCAAGUUGAGUUCUAGUGCAAGCUCCAGUUCUAGCUCCAGCUCUAGUGACUCCGAGUAGAGAGUAAAAUGCAGGAGGGAAAAAAAAUAGAGAAGAAGAAAGAAUUUGGUUUUUGAGUUUUCUUCUUUAGUGUGAGUUUUGGUCUUAUAGUUUGGUUACUAUUUGUGUUUUGGUCUUCUAGUUUGGUUACUAUUUGGUGUUUAUUGGCUUCAGGUAAGUCCUUAAGUUAUUUAUUCCUUCAAGAAUGAGUUUUGGUUUGAUUUCUUGAAGCAUGAAAUUUUCUUGGUCAUCUGCCGAUCGGAACCCGAUUUGGGAAGCUUGUUUGGGGAAAAUAUUGUUUCUCAUCUUGUAUUGUAAAUGAACAAUGUUGCAAGUUUCUAUAAAACAUUGUGCAGUUUUUCUUCUUA